AUGGAGCCCAAAUUCAAUACGAGCUUGCGUCCUAGCAAUUCAACCCCCUCGUUGAAAGCUGCGAAAACCCGCCCAAUAUCUGUUCGUUCUACAGGAUUCAGAUCAUACCAUCAUAUAUUGUUAAAGUCAGAGGAUUCAGCGGACCACUUGAUCAGGGACUUACCGAUACAUCCAGUCUUAACACAGGGCCCGCCAGAGCUUACAGGGAGAAACGCCGUCACGACCCAUCAGCCCUCUCAUGUAUCUAUACCUACAAGAAAGUCUUUCAAGGCUGAUCUUGAAAGCCAAAUCCCAGGAACUCCUAUUCUUGACGAAACAAGACGACCUGGAAUAGUGUGUAUUGAUCCUACAAUGCAUGCUCCAGGCAAGCACGCAGAAAUCCACCAUCCUGGUUUAAUUAUAGGUGCUGACUUUUGUGAUGCUGGGAUUGCCGUUGAGCGCGAUUCUCCCAUCAGAACACCACCAAGCAAGCCUGCUUCUGAGCGUCCUGGGCCUGUAUUAACUGGUCGGGUUCGCCGUGUUCUUUCAGGGGGUGACAUUUGCGAAGAUAUAGUUGAUGUUUCCGAGCAUAUCCACAAGAACCACAGCUCAGCUACAAAGCACAGCGGCCACUUUCGUAUCUCGAAGGUCCAACCUGCCCUUCAAAAAGUUGAGCAAAAGAAGAUAAUUCACCAAAGCAAAGUACACACCCGAGCGGAUUCUACGCCGGAAAAGCUAUACAUCUCAGAGCACGUUCACCGUGGCCACAGUCUCACGCCAAAAGUCCGCCUAUCCCGAGAUGAUUCUAGAGACAGCACAUAUCACAGCGAUCCCCAUGAAGGCCAUAUUUGGGUUCAGAAGGUACAGCCUUAUCACGAGUCGGCAUCUACCGCCUUUAUAACAGAGGAAAACUCAAUUCCAAGGUUAUCCGUGAAGAAGCACGUCCAACAGGGUGACGAUUCAGCAAAAUCGACUUCGUACUGGGGAUUCUUACCAGGAUUCGGAAAUCAAGAAGGUGAGAAGGCCGGGGUGACUGGUGAACCUGUGGAUGACUCAAUCCCUCAUUAUUCUGCUUCUCAAAAAAGCCUCGACGCUGCCUCCAAGCCCGUUGCGAGACUUGCAGAAUUCAUUGGUAAUCAAGAGUUCCUUCGCCAUACCAAUGCGAACUUGUCAUCACUUGGAAAAUUGUUUAGUAGUAGCCAUUCACAGGACAGAGCUCCUCUUCGGGAUAAUGGACAAGAAAUGGAAAUUCCUACAGCAUCUGUUUCUCCAACUUCAUAUGCGCAUCAAAUGGGGGGCGAUAACAAUGCUGCAGAACAAGGUAUCUUACCUGAAGGGAUUGACCCAGCGCAUGCUGCAACCUGGCUUCGUCAGUUUCUCGGAUAUCCAGAGUCAAGCCCUCCGAAUCUUACUCAACUACCGGAGAAAUCCCAUCCUCGUCACGAGGAUCAUGACGACUACCCCAACAACAACGACGAGGCGUUGGUUUCUAGAGCGACGACUUUCUCAGGGAAAACUUCAAGAGAGGCCGGAAUAAUGGACUCGGCUAUGCAUAACCUUGAGCAACUACUCGACGAAGCACUUUUCCUCGCCAAUGAAGCUACCGAAAACGACCGUUGCGGGCAUGAUAAUGACAAGGACCUCAUUUCCCGCCUACAGAAUGCAACCGAGACUUUUAAGGACUCCCCAAUCUUAUCUGAUUCCCAGGUAAAUUAUGGGAGAGAUUUAGUUAAAAGCCCGCAUCGUCAUCCACUUGCCGAGGAACUGCAAGAUACCAUCGUAUAUUCGGCCGAAGAAAAGGUUGGCGGCCUUAAGACUUCAUCCUCAAAGCCGGUAACCCAAGAAGAACUACUAGAACCUGACAUGCGCAACGGCAACAUCGUGCGGUCAAAUAUAAAAAAUGGAUCGAAUAUCCGUGGCCUCCGGAAGCCUAAAGAAAGCAACAGAGAAAGUCGCGAAGUACGCCAUCAGAUUUCCGAUGGUGAGGAUAUUUUGCCUCUACCACCACCAGGCAGUAAACUCAAGAGACGAUAUCUGUCUCCAAUGCUUCAGGCAUAUGAAGAGGAUGAUCCCACUGGGGUCAUAAGACCUCGUACCAAGGCUGUGCCCAACAGUAGAGAAGUCAGGGAGUAUAUUCGCGUAUUUCAUCAGCCACCAAUCACCCCUCGACACAGUUCCAAGAACCUUAGCGAAAACUCACUAGGAAUGGAGCUCCAGCCCCGUCGAUCGGCCACCAUUUCCGAGGGCUUCCGCAGAGAUGUAGAUGUAGAUGUAUAUAGCUUUCAUGACGGCACAUCUGAUGAUACAAUAGACUUUUCUACCCAAUACAACAAUGACAGAAGAGGGAAGGAAAUACCAAGCAUCGAAGUGUCGACAUAUAACGGCAACCAGAAUGUAUUGACUACUAAACUCGGAAGAGCUCGAAGGAAGGUGACUUCCAAGAGAAUUCACGAGUUGCGCAAUGUCAACCUUCGGAGGAGGUCUCACUCGGUGAAGCGGCAGCCUAUAAUCGCUCGCGACUGGUCUCCUAUCCGUAAGAGAUUCGUCGCCUCCGUUGCGUGCAUCAGUACAGCCUUGAUUGGUAUCCUGGUGGGAAUCUACGCAGGCUUGGUUCCGUCAAUUCAAUAUUUCAUUGCAGAUUUCCACCAUUAUUCAAUCAUCGGCAACGUGGUAUUAUACCUUGGAAUGGCAUUGUCAACAUUUUUUUGCUGGCCAUUGCCACUACUGCACGGCCGGAAACCGUACAUUUUAUGCAGCCUAUGCGUGGCUCUGCCGCUUCUCUUCCCGCAAGCCGUUGCGGUCAGCAUACCUAGAUCACCGUACACCAGCGUUUGGAGAUGGGCGUUGCUUCUUCCUAGAGCAAUCAUGGGCUGUGCUUUGGGUCUCGCGAGUAUGAAUUUUCAUUCGAUACUAACCGACCUCUUUGGGGCAUCCCUGAUGAGCAGCAAUCCGCACCAGGAGGUCGUCGACCAAUACGACGUAAGGAGGCAUGGUGGCGGACUCGGCAUUUGGCUGGGCGUCUGGACAUGGUGUUUCAUCGGCUCAUUAGGUAUCGGCUUUCUAAUCGGUGCUGUAGUCAUUGACACUCUAAAGCCAUCGUGGGGACUUUACAUUAGCAUCAUGCUAAUUGCACUCGUUCUCCUUCUUAACGUCUUGUGUCCCGAAGUUCGACGUGCGGGUUGGAGACGCUCCGUAGCCGAAGUCAGGACCCCCUUGGGAGUAUCCCGAAGAGUAGCUCAUGGCCCCAGAUGGUGGGGACAGGAGAUGUAUCACGGGGUCGCCCUAUCUCUUGAAAUGCUUCGUCAACCGGGCUUCGUUAUUAUGGCCGUAUAUUCUGCAUGGAUAUAUGCUCAAGUCGUUUUGGUCAUCGUUCUUCUGGGGUCUCUAUCUUCUAGGCACUACCAUUUCCGGUCUCCGUACGUAGGUGCUGCGGUCUCAUCCGUCGCUAUCGGAGCGCUUGCAGCAGUGCCGUUCCAAAAGGCAAAUCUCUUUUCACGGUCCCGAUGGACAGGUCCGCCAACAAACAAUAUGACCUUCGACAAGUCGGUAACUUGGACCUCCCACCUUGUUCGGCGAUCUAUCUUCAUUAUCGUACUCCCAAUUACCGGAAUUCUAUACACUGUGGUCUCCAUCGGUUUCAUUCUUGCUGCGGGAGCAACAGGUAUCGGUGGCAUAGUCACGCGGAAUCUAGGGCAAAGGGCUGCAACGGGCAUUGUCGCAUCCAUCUUGUUCAUACACUCUCUUCUACUACUGGCCGUGUUUGCGCGUUUUCGCAGGAUACAAAUCGUACCCAACUCAAAGAGCUUUGAGAUGGAAAGAUGGACCGAAGAACGUCGAAACAGUGUACGCCGGCACGCCUCUGCAGUAGCCGCUGCUAAAGCUAAUGGCCUCAAAGAUAUCACCGAGAUCCCCGAAGAAGACAAAUUCCGCCGUAUGAAUAUCCUCGAGCUGGGUUCAUUGACUCGCUGGAGCGAAAUUCGCAAGAAGAACCGAUUGAUCGACAAAGGCAUGCAUCUUAAUCGACAGACAGUCGGCUUAGCACGCAACGAGAUCGACCGGAGGCGCCAUGAAUUUAUAGGUGACGUUCACCGGAGCGCAGAAGCCGUUGGGGACCUCGUCCGCAAAGUAAGCAAGAGAAGCAAGCGUAGCCACGACAGUGGUCACGAUAACACUUCCCGAGAUGAUCCCGAUGACAUGGGUCCACUAGGUCCACCAGGGGCCGGACUUGAACAUGAGCAUUCCUCAUUACCCCACGAGGUUUAUGCCGAGCGCGAAUGCGUCAUGGGCCAGGCCGUGCCAGAGGAAGUGGAGGUUUCAUCGAUAGACGACGCAUCGGACGAUGAUUCGGACGACGAACAUGAAUGGAUACAAAUGGAAGAUCAUUCAUCUCAUAUGACCUCCAAGGUUCAGCCAUACACUGACUUCAAAAGACAAAAUUUGCGAGGCGGCGAAGCUAACACGGGGGACUACGUGAUCGACAUGGAUACCAUCCAGGGCGAACACGGCUCGCAUAGUGAAUUAAAGGUCAAGCCUGCCGAACCAGAUGGUCCAGAACAACAUGGCGUACGCAAAAGCGAGGCCAGUUCAGUAGAUACGGAACUCAAAAGGCUAGCCCAAGAGCACGGCGCUCAUACGUAUGAGAGCAAGGUUAAAUCCGCAAGUAUGGAAUUCGAGGAUGCUGACUUGAGCGGGAAAUCUAGCCGCAGAGGUUCGAAAGCAACGAAGCAAGAUUAA